AUGGCAAGAGCCCAUGCACCUGAAAGUACUACUUUUAGGUGUCCAUGUCGGAGAUGCCGUAAUAACCUAUUCCUACCAAUCAACGAAGUCGAAGAUCAUCUCUUCAUGAACGGUAUUGAUCCAAGUUAUACACAUUGGAUCUUUCAUGGGGAGGGUGAAAGCUGGAGUGUGAAUUCGUCUUACAGUAAUGAUGAUGGCUUUGAUCCAACUCGUAACCUUGUUGAUGAUAUGGAUGACAUGCUAGAGGACACGCGGGCUGGGACAUUCAUGGACCAUGGCAGUGUCCCACAUGAAGAUGGGCCGACUUCCCCGCCAACUGGCAAUGACGGGCAAUCAAAAACAUUUGACCAAUUAUUUGAGGAUGCAAAACGUCCACUUUAUCCAAGUUGCGAGAAGUUCUCGAAGCUCUCAUUUAUAGUUAAGUUGCUUCAUAUCAAAACUGUUGGUGGUUGGACUAUCAAGUCAUUUAAUAUGGUUUUAGAAUUGUUAAAAGCAGCAUUUCCAGAUAUUGAAAUAACUACCUCAUAUCACGAGGCCCGAUGCUUAGAGCGUGGGUUGGGUUUCAGUUAUGUGAAGAUACAUGCAUGUCCAAAUGACUGCAUGCUUUUUUGGAAUAACCAUGCAGACAAAGAAUCUUGUUCUAAAUGCAAUGAGUCGAGGUGGGAGUCAAUGAGUGGGAAAAAGGAGAAGAUUCCCCAAAAGGUGUUGCGCUACUUUCCUCUGAUUCCGAGGUUACAGAGGUUAUUUAUGUCGAAGGAUAUUGCAAAAUCUAUGAAAUGGCAUAGAGAACAAAGAGUUGAUGACCAUAGUACUUUAAGACAUCCUGCUGAUUCUAAGAUGUGGAGACAAUUUGAUAAAGACCACAAUUAG